AUGUCGCCAGAGGAUGGCAUACAAAAACGUUCGGUGAUAAGUUACCCGGAGAAGACUGACGACGAGCUAUUUGGCGUGCUUAGUCUGUGGGAAGCGCGAUGGCGAGACCGACAACAGUUCUUGGAAGCUCACGGAUACAUGCUACGACCAAGAUAUCGCCCUGGUUGGAUCCCUUCAUGGAGAGCAACAGGGGGAGACCCUAUGGACUUCGAGGACUCUGUAUCUCUUCCAGUCGUACAACACUUGAUUGAUGCAACGCGGCUAUCCGAUGGCGCACUUGUGCAUAUUAAACGGGUGAACACUGGCGACAAUGAGUCGCAAAUCGCCACAAUGCUCUCAUCCGACGCUCUCCGCAAUGACCCACGAAACCACUGUGUACCUAUCCUCGAAGUUAUUCAAGACACAGAUGACGAGACUAUAUCUUAUAUGGUUAUGCCCUUUCUUCGUUUCAUCGACAAUCCGCCGUUUCAAACUGUCGAAAAUCUUGUCGACUUUGCAGACCAGAUUUUAGAGGGAUUACUCUUCCUCCACCAGCAGGGCGUCGCGCAUCGUGAUUGCACGCAUAACAACUUGAUGAUGGAUGGCAGUGCACUCUACCCCCAAGGCUUCCAUCCUGUGCAAGAUGAGUGUCUUCCAGAUGGUACCACACCAGCCGGGGAUCCUUCCCGCAUCAACGUGUCAUUGAAAUACUACUUCAUCGACUUUGGCAUUUCUUCGAUGUUUCCCUUAAAUGUCCAUCCCAAGCUCGUCUUAGGAAUAGACGGGCGUGACCGAGACGUUCCCGAGCUUUCUUCCGUUGUACCGUAUGAUCCCUUCGCAGUCGACAUUUUCAUCCUUGGAAAUGUCUUUCGAAAGCAUGUUCAUAAGGCAAGUGAUACGCUUUCAGUCGGUGUGUUCGCUGACAAAAUAAUAUAG